CGGAUGCCUGGUCGAUCGCGGACCUAUUCCACUGAAUACAGCAAACGCGCGAAAAGCCGCACGUGGAUAUCUCACAUAAAAAUCUAUUCUAUUUUGCUCGGAGUACAGAACUUGACUUUUUUUCUUAUUCGUGUACAUUUUGUGACGCGAAUGAGUUUGGAUUUUUAGUGAAGUUCGUUAGAAAGCCAAGAUGGAUCGAAGAUCGGCGUAGAAUGUUGAUGCAGUGCGCAAGUUACCAAAGAUACAUAGAGAUACUGCAUAAGCGCAGUUCAAGGAUCAUCAGAACGCGGUACGAACAGUUAGCACGGAAGUUGACCGCGUGAUCGUGAAACGUCUGGUGGGCCUGUGCGGUCAGGGCACCGCCGCCAAUACCAGCAUGGCGGACAAAACGGCCACCAACACGCCACCACUAUCGCCCACCAUCACUGCUGCAACCAGCGCCAGCACCACUACUACCAAUACCAUGAUUUCUCGAAAGUCCAGUGGCAAACGUCUCUCCAGAAAAACUACACAACGGUCAACCGAACUGGACAGGAGAUUUGGAAGGAAUAGACCGAGCGAGCCAGAGACGGGUUUCAUCUACACUCAAAGGAUAUUCAAGAAAACAUCGGAAAAUAAAAAACUAACAUUGUACCUGGCAAGCCGCGACCUCGUCGCCAGUGGUGGAAAAAUCGACAACUUGCGUGGCGUGUUACUGAUCGAACCCGACUUCCUUCAAGAAAAGCAGAAGGUUUUCGGCAGAGUGACGCUGACUUUUCGCUACGGCCGCGAGGACGAAGAAGUAAUGGGAUUGAAAUUUUUCAACGAGGCUACAAUGGCUCUUACUCAACUUUAUCCGCCGUAUCAUCCAGAUCGCCAAGAGCCAGUUACGCACUUUCAGGACGUCCUGAUGAAAAAGUUUCAUCCACACGCAUAUCCUUUCACAAUGCCAGUAGCACCUAUGGCAACGCCGUCUGUUCAACUAGUACCGGCAAAAGAAUACAAUGGAGCUCCGAUUGGUACCAGCUACGAUAUCAACGUUUAUACUGCUGAAAAGGCAGAUGAGAAGCAAACGCGGAAGAUGCAAAUCAUCAGAAUGGGCAUUCGCGUGAUACAAGGGCCGAUAAUACCGCCUCUGCCAAGGAACAUUAUCUUCGGUAACGAGUUGGCUGCCGUCACGAAACCCGAGAAAGUCCCAGAUGAAGAUGAUAUAAAGGCUGAUGACGAGACUCCAAUACCUCACAAAAUCGUCGAAAAGCAGUUCUUGCUUAGUGACGGUAGAGUUCGGUUAGAGGCAGGGUUGGACCGAGCGAUGUACAAUCAAGGAGAAACGAUCAACGUGAAGGUUGAAGUCACCAAUAAUAGCAACAAAUCCGUUAAAAAAAUCGAGGCAGAGUUAGUACAAUACGUGGACGUUGUGAUGUUCAGCAACGGUAAAUUCAAGAACGUCAUAGCGCAAGUAACGUCUCGCGAAGGUUGUCCAGUCGAGCCAGGUUUCAGUCUAUCGCGCAACUACACACUCAGGUUAGAAAGAGGCACGACGAAGAAUUGGAUAGCAUUAGAGGACGAUCCUGGUGGUGCUAAGGCUGAUGGUAAUCUCUCGCCAACCGUCUUCUGCUCUAAUAGCUCGUCCGAAGACAGGAACGUCUUUGCUAUCUACGUCUCUUACUACGUCAAAGUAAAAAUAACAGUCUCACCAAUCGGGGAAUGGAUCGGCAAUGCAGUAUCGCUGAAGCUACCUUUCAUUCUGAUGCACAAUUAUCCACCCACGUCAUCACCACCACCUACGCCAUCGCGUAUUCUUGACAAAAUAGAGACCCUCGACGACGACGACUCUUUGCCCUACAUCGAUAAAGACAGUACCAGCGACGAAGAGGAGGUUAUCGACGAUCCGAAUACUGACAAGGAAAACGUGGCCAACGCUACUGUUGAAACUAAUGGCGAUGGUUUGAGGUUAAACCUCGGUGAAGCACCAAUACAAACAAUACCAGUAUCAACGAUAGCGAAACUGACGACAACAUCAAGUAUCGUCGAAGUGGCAACCACAAAACACCGAGAGAGCAUGUCAAACGUGGAUCUAAUAGAGUUUGCGGAGAAGGAGACAAGCAAGCGGAGUACCUGAGAGGAGGAUGCGGCAACAACGACAAUGGUGCGUAACUUGCAGGAGUUAGCGGCGCUGCAGGCCGGUGCCAAGGAAGGCUUCUGCAUUAGACGGGCAUGGUGUUGCUUCCGACGCGCCUCUUAGUCACUGCACUUUCUUCUUUUAUUUUAAAGCAAACGAAAUUUAAAGUAUCUCGUUGUUUACGAUUACGAACAUUUUCCAUUAAAAGAAGAAAAAGUAAAUCAUCGAUAUAACAUAAUUCUAUUUUUUUAGCUCCAAUUGUCGUUUCGGUCACGCGCACAAAGAUCCUUCUUGAGUUUCCUUAUUUUUUGUAUUCGCUGAGCUGGAAUGUUCGAUCGAUAGUUUUACUACUUACAAUGUAAUACUUUUCUCGUGUAGUCAUUAGGUAAAUAGCAUUGUGUAAGAGUUAGCGGUAUAAGAAUUACAAAUAAUUGCUGCGCAAUUGGAUUUGAUAAUGUAAUAAAUAAGAGUGAAAAAAAUCAUUUCAUUUUUAUUUACCAUAGUAGAAUAUCGAAAUAUGUCAACCCUAAACUCUAAAGUAUUUGAAAAUAAAUAUAAACCAUUAGUUUUAUAAUUAAAGAUUGUCAAGAUUGUCAAUAAAAUUGAAUAUAUACAUGGAUGAUUUUACAACACGUAACAACGAUUCGAAGUAGUUAUGGUUUACUGUAUAAAAUGUAAAUACUCAUUUUAAAACAUUAUUAAAUGAUUUCCCACUAUAUCUUUAAGUUACAAAAGUCGUUUUAAUUUAUAUCUCUGAGUGAAUGAAUAAAAUAAU